UCACUUAGAGCUCACACUGUCUAUGAUCCCCUCCACUAUCUUGCCUUUUAUCACUCUUACCAACGACCAUCAAGAAACCAUUCAAAGAAGACACUGAAAAAUCACUGUAUGUGCUUCAAAAUAAAACUUGUGAUCUCUGCACUGUUCUGGGAGAUGGUUUGACAGUGUUAUUUAUUUAUUUAUUUAUUUAUUUAUUUAUUUACAGUAACAUUCAAAUUGUGUGAAUUCAGUGUGGAAACUGGUGUACAUUUGUACCUCACAUAUGAUAAUGUAUACUGCUGUUGAAUGAAACACAAAAAGAUGUACUGCAUAAAUCACCAAACAGUUAUUUUUUCCCACAUUUAUUCAUGCGUUUUUUUUUCUUUGUUAGUAGCAUGGUUUGUGAUUUCAGCGUAGCAUAGAAUUACACCUGUUUAGUUUGUUUUUUUUGUUUUUGUUUUUUUUUAUUGUCCCAUAAUAGUAUAGUUAUCUUUGAAAAUAGUCCCACGCAAUGUUUAUGACAAGUAUUGGAAGGGAAAAACAUGCAGGAAGUAAUUCAUGUUUAACCUGUUGUCUGAGUUGACGGAGUAUAGAAAAAACCAUUACAAAUCUGGCAGCAACUAUUUAUAGGAACUAGGGAAAGUCCUUCCAACUUGUAUAAAAAAGAAUGAUUCUCAGGCAAGGGAAUUCAGAAACAGACUUCAGACAAACAGAGUAACUUCUUGGUUGAGUUUAACGGAAUCAUUUAUUUCAAAGAUGGCUCAUUGUAAACUGUUUGUUGUUGCUGUGGCAUUGCUUCUAACUUUGAACAUGUUCAGUGAACAAGUAUCAGCACAAUAUCAAGACUGCUGCAUGUCCUAUUCCAAAAAGCCGUUGCCAUGCCGAGGGAUUCGGGGUUACUCAAUACAGUCUGUCAAGGAUCUGUGUAAUAUUGAAGCAGUAAUUUUUCACACCAUUAGAGGCAAGAAUAUAUGUGCAGACCCUGCUCAGGAAUGGGUGAUGAACCGAAUCUCAUGCCUUAAGAACAGGGUAAAGAAAAUGGCUUAAACGGAAGUCCAAGAUGCCAAGUAAAAACAAGAAAAGUUAUUUAAAUUAAGAUAUAACUGUAUUUUAUGUUUAUUAGUUUAAUAUAAAUGAUUUACAAUGUUUUUUAAAAAAACAUUUUAUAAAAAAAAAAUGUGAAAAGGGAACUUCGUGUUAAAACUCUGAAUUAUUUAUAUUAUUAUUUAUAUUACUAAAUGAUAUGUUUUUUUCAGUGUGUGUGGUGGAAGAAAUAUGUAUCUAUUAUUGUCUUGUAAAGCAUAUUGCUUUGUUUAACAAAAAACGUGAAGUUUUGAAAACUUAAAGUAUGUAUUCAGUGGUUUGUAUCCACUAUUGUGGAAUGGAUAUCUGCCGGACAGUACUGAAUUCCUGUAGAAUUCAUUGUCAUCCUACAUUUUCUGCUAAUAAAUUCUAAAAUAUGUAAAUACUGUGUUGCUGGGUAUUUCUUUACUUUCCAAAACCAAAACCAAAAUGAUUCUUUCAAAAGCUUGGGAAAAUCCAGAGUUCCAUUUGUGUCUCUAUUUCUGAUCACUGUUAUGAUGUUGCGACUGGGUCGAUGGUCCUUAUCUUUACUUAGAAGCCAGUCCCCAAAUGUAACUGUAAAUAUUGUGUUAUACUGUAAAUUGUGUAGAUAUUUCAUCUUGGGAUUGCUUGAUCCCUAGUUUAAUAAGCUUGAAUGGAUGGCCAAUUGGCCAGUUAGCUAAUUGAGGCAAUCCAUCUGGAAAGCAGGUGGAUAAAGUUUGUAAACAGGCCUCCUCUGAGAGAGAGAGAGAGAGAGCUGCAGGCUGGAGCUUGGACAGGAGUGUCAGUUGGUUGGAGAUUGAAAGUAUUAGGAAUCCUAGGUGUCCAAUGAUGUGAAUACAUUAACUUGUUGUGCGAUAUUAUUGUAAUUAAAGAAUGGUUGUUUUUACAUCUUUCUUUUGUUACGUUAUACUGUAAGCCAGUGUAACGAAACUCCUGCAUAUGUAUUUCCCUGACCUUGUAGCUCUGUAGCUUGGCACCAGCCCCGAAAGACACCCAUGCCAGGGAGUGACGGGCUUUUCAUAACUCAGACUGCAGCUGUGAUGAUAACACUUUUUUUGUUUUUGCAUAAAUUGUUUCUGCUUAAUAAGCUGUUUUGAGCCUAUGUACAAACCAUAAUUAAACCAAUUAAAUCUGUUUCUAAAACCACUUACUUUUGUUAAAAGUGACAUGCUAUAACGUUAGGUAAAGUGUCACAGAACACCUAAUAACACUCUAACGUUUGCUAUAAGUGGGGUGCCAGGUAGACAAUUUUAGAACUAGCACAAAAUGAAAAAAUAAAAUGUAGGUGCAACUCAUUACUAGGCCAACAGACCAAACCCUACAUAAGACAAUUCCAAACCAGGGUAAAUGGCGAAACAAUUACAGAACUUCUGUGUUUUUAUUAUUUUACACAGACAGCAGCAAAGUU